UUCCUUCAUUCUAUCUCCCAACACAAUCAUACACAUUCUCUACCAAAAUGAGCUCACAAGUAGACUCACUUUGGCUCUUUGCCUUAGCCUCCAAGUCAAACCAUUUAACCAUCACCAACAUUAUUACCUCCAUUUUUCUCUUUGUCUUAACAUGGCUAGCCAUGAGCUUGUUUUAUUGGGCCCACCAAGGUGGUCCCGCCUGGGGCAAGUAUUCUUGGACUCACUUCUCUCAUUGGGCUAAAAAGCCCAUCCAUGGUCCACGUGGCUGGCCCAUAUUUGGAAGUGUAGGCCUUAAGAUGGGCCUAGCCCAUCAUAAGAUUGCCGCAAUGGCAAAACUAUACAAUUGUGAGAAACUCAUGGCCUUUAGCGUAGGUGACACUCGUAUGAUUGUAACAUGUAACGUUGAUGUAGCCAAGGAGAUCUUGAACAGUCCGGUCUUUGUAGACCGGCCUGAUCAAGAAUCCGCCUAUGGUUUAAUGUUCAACCGAUCAAUUGGGUUUGCCCCAUAUGGGUCCUAUUGGCGGACCCUCCGCCGAAUUUCCGGGACCCAUAUGUUUAGCCCAAAACAAAUCAAAGCCUAUGAAUCCCAAAGAAAUGACAUAGUUUGCCAAAUGGUAGAAAACCUAAGGGACCAAAACGGUGCGUUUCAAGUGAGAGAAACGCUAAGAUGGGCCUCAUUGGGUAACAUGAUGGGCUCAGUGUUUGGAGAGAGAAAUAUGAAGAAUGUAGAAUUGAAGGCUAUGGUUGAGGAAGGCUAUGAUUUGCUUGGGAUUUUUAACUUUGGUGAUCAUCUUUCUUGGCUCGCUGACUUUGACUUUCAAAGAAUCCGGUUUAGGUGCUCAGAACUUGUCCCUAAAGUCAACCACUUUGUGGGCCGAGUUAUUGAAGAGCAUCGGUCCAACCCGGCCCAAGUGACCCGAGACUUUGUUGACGUUUUGUUGUCACUUCAACACCCGGAUAAGCUUUCAGAUUCUGACAUGAUCGCCGUUCUUUGGGAAAUGAUAUUCAGAGGAACCGAUUCCAUAGCGGUGUUGAUAGAAUGGAUUCUUGCAAGAUUAGUGAUUCAUCCUCAUAUUCAAUCAAGGCUUCAUGAUGAGCUGGACAACGUAGUAGGGAGGUCACGUGCGGUUACUGAAUCUGAUCUUUCAUCAUUGGUCUACUUGACGGCUGUGAUCAAAGAAGUACUCAGGGUCCACCCACCGGGCCCACUUCUCUCAUGGUCUCGCCUUUCUAUUCAGGAUUCUUUGGUUGAUGGAUGUCACGUGCCUGCGGGGACCACAGCUGCCGUUAACAUGUGGGCCAUAGCAAGGGAUUCGGAUGUGUGGGCUGACCCACUUAAAUUUGAGCCCAAUAGGUUUUUGGGGUCAGGGCCCAAUGCUGAGUUCUCGGUGCUCGGUUCGGACCUCCGAUUAGCUCCUUUCGGAUCAGGCAGGCGGUCGUGCCCAGGGAAGGUGUUAGGGUUAACCACAGUCAGCUUUUGGGUGGCAUCAUUGGUACAUGAGUUUGAGUGGGUGACGUCAUUGGGUGGUGAGGUGGAUUUGUCCGAGGAGUUAAAACUCUCAUGUGAAAUGGCACAUCCUCUUUCGGUGGAAGUGAGGCCACGAAGAACAACAAAAGCAUAGUUCCCUCGAAUCUUGUGUAUACAACAAGACCUUAAAAAAAAAAUUAUAUUGGUCCCGAGUGAUUACUUAUUAGGGUUUGCUGAACCUCAAUGUAAAUUUGUAGUAUUUAGUUUUGAUUUGUGUUGUGUUGUUAUGUGGUUUAGAAAAGUGAAAUAUUCAAUGAAAUAACUUUUUUCUAA